GCUGGCUAUCACACCUGUGUCCCCCAGCAGGAUCAAGAAUCCCAGGAGCUUUCAGACUCAGCGGCUUGGCGCUGAAGGACUGCACUGCCUGCUGCCUGCUCCAUCCUCAGCCAGGCCUUUGGGGGCGGAAGUGAUGCCUCUCAGUGAUGUGGCUGGGGACUUCAAGGAAGAGUGGGUUACCUGGACACUAUUUAGAGAAUCCUCUCCAAAGAUGUUCUUCAGCACAGUUGGAAGAAUGGACUCUCAAAGGACCAAAUGUAAUCUCCCAGCUGAAAGAGAGAAAAGUGCCAUGGGUUGUACCACUGGAAAACUUUGAGACCAGGAUGCUCAUAAGGGAAAGUUCGACAGACUUUGCACAUCAGGUGGCAAAACUCAGCCAGGACAUUUCUGAGACAGCAGAACAAUAUGAAACAUCUUCAAAAAGGACCAAUCAAAAUGUUUCUUAUACUUCUAAUUGGGGGGAAAACUGGAAGAGGGCCUUUGAGUUAGAAGGGCAACAUGGAACUUUUGUAGGAGAUGGGGAGCAGAAGCACUUUGCACAGGAAAGAGAUUUAAAUAAGCUCCUACAUGGAUAUGUAGGAAAGAAGCCUGUGUGUGCCGAAUGUGGGAAAAGCUUUAACCAGAGUUCUUAUCUCAGAAGACACCUAAGAACCCAUACUGGUGAGAGACCUUAUAAAUGCAUGGAGUGUGGGAAAGGCUUCAAACAGAGUUCAGACCUUGUCACUCAUCAAAGAACACAUACUGGAGAGAAGCCCUACCAAUGCAGUGGAUGUGAGAAAAAAUUCAGUGACAGUUCAACUCUCAUAAAGCAUCAGAGAACCCACACGGGUGAGAGACCUUAUGAGUGCUCAGAAUGUGGGAAGACUUUUGGGCGGAGGCCACACCUUAUAAUGCACCAAAGAACCCACACAGGAGAGAAGCCCUACACGUGCCUCAAAUGUCAUAAAAGCUUUAGUCGAAGCUCAAAUUUCAUCACCCACCAGAGGAUCCACACGGGGGUGAAACCUUACAGGUGUAACCAUUGCGGGGACAGUUUUAGCCAGAGCUCAGACUUGAUUAAGCACCAGCGAACCCACACAGGAGAACGACCUUUUCAAUGCCCAGAGUGCAGGAAGGGCUUCAGAGAUAGUUCUCAUUUUGUAGCUCACAUGAGUACUCACUCAGGAGAAAGACCUUUCAGUUGUCCCAGCUGCCACAAAAGUUUCAGUCAGAGUGCACAUCUGGUCACUCAUCAAAGGACACACACAGGCGAGAGACCUUUCAAGUGCAAUGACUGUGGAAAAGGAUUUGCUGACAGCUCUGCCCUUAUUAAACACCAACGAAUCCACACAGGAGAAAGACCCUACAAAUGCAGUGAGUGUGGGAAGAGCUUCAGCCAGAGCUCCCACUUCACAACCCAUCAACGCAUCCAUGUAGGAGACAGACCCUAUCAGUGUCCCGAGUGUGGCAAGACCUUCAACCAGCAUUCCCAUUUUCUCACACACCAGAGAACACAUACAGGAGAAAAACCUUUUCACUGUAGUAAAUGUGACAAGAGUUUCCGGCAGAAAGCACAUCUUUUAUGCCAUCAAAACACCCAUUUGGUUUAGGAAAUGGUCUUUAGUGGUUCCACUGCUCCCUUUCCAAAUUUCCGUUGCUAUUGUUCUCUAUUACCCCAAAUAGAGAAAACCUGAGCAUUG